AUGGAAAUCCCCGAUCAUUUCUUGAAUAAAAGUUUCGUCGAAGUUCGUCAAGAGAAUGUAGACGAAUUCUUCGCGUUAAGAGGUGUCCCAUGGCUCAUUCGAAAGUUGAUCGUGGGAAAAAUGAAAAAUGGACGCUUUCAUUUGACAAAAAAUGAUGGAGGCAAAUACCAUGUGAAGAUCGGUGAUCCAAGCAAGAAUCUCGAGUAUGACUUUGAGUUGGACAAAACUUUCAAAGCUACAGGAUAUGAUGGAAAACAACAUGAGAUCACUUUCUCGAUGGAAGAUGGAAAAUUGAGAGAGAAACAUUUGAAUCUUGAAAGAAAAGAUUCGGGAGAAGAUGUUUUCUUUUAUGAUUUGAGAAAUAAUGGGGUUUUAUAUUCGGAAUGCACGACGAAAAAAGACAACAAAACGAUCACAUGGAAGAGGGAAUUUGAACAACGA